AAAAAAAUGAUAAAGUUCAAACAAGUGCGAAAUCAUGUCAUCCUUCUGUAACUAUCUAGAUGAUAUAUAAGUAGUGCAAUGGUGGCACCAGCAACCCCACCCCAGCAUCACUGCAACCUCGCAAAAUUCCUCCUGCCUUCCAACUCUUCUUCUUCAUCACAACACCAUCACCACUCCGGCAUCAUGGGUUUCGACAUUCCCGUUGAGAUUCUGGGCAAACAGCCAGUCCUCCAAAUCUACACUCAAAUCUCCUCAAUCUAUGCGGUCCCAUCGCCCUUAGACCGCCCGCGCAUCAGCGCCACGCUCCGCACUGGCCUGGAGCGCCUAACCGCCACCUUCCCUUGGAUCGCCGGCCAGGUCGUCGAUAAGGACACCGUUAAUAAAUCUGGCGAAUUCCACAUCGUUCCGUAUGAACAGAUACCUCAAUUGACCGUCGUUGAUCGGAGUAGCGGCCAUGAUAGCCUUCCCUCGAUGGAGGAGAUGGCGGCCGCCAAGUUCCCCGCACGCAUGCUCGAUGAAGACCUCAUUGCACCAGAAUGGACACUGCCCAUGCUGAAUCCCAAGCGAAAUGCAGAUGCCCCAUUCCCUGUUUUCCUCGUCCAGGUUACAUUUAUUGAUGGCGGCCUUAUUCUCACCUUUAACACUGCGCACACGUGCUUUGACUUUAUCGGCCAGGCCCACGUCCAGUAUCUGCUCUCCAAGGCAUGCCAGGGAGAAGCUUUCACCGAAGACGAAAUAAGGGAGGGAAACCGCUCAAGACAUGAUGUUGUUCCUCUUCUAGAUGGCUCGCACAACCUAGAAGCCGUGGUCGGACACAUGAUCAAGAAGCCGAGAGACGGCGACGCUGCGGCUACCGCUCAAUCACCGCCAAAAUGCACCUGGGAAUAUUUUAACUUUCCGCCACAGUCGCUGGAAGCAUUAAAGGCAGAGGCUAGCUCAUCGAUUACCUCUGGAUUUGUAUCGACAGAUGACGCCUUGACAGCAACCGUCUGGCAGGCCGUGGCACGAGCACGCGCACAUCGCCUCGAUCUCACUCAACCCGUCACCUUAACUCGUGCUGUGGAUUCUCGCACAAGUUUAGGUGUCGCUAAAGAGUACCCAGGGUUACUUCAGAGUCAGAUUUACUACGACUACCGGCUGGGUGACCUGGUCUCGGCCCCGGUAGGCGUUGUUGCCGAGAAGCUGAGGGCGGGUGUCAACCAGGAGCAAAUUGGUUACUCGACACGGGCAAUGGUCACCUUGCUUAACAAAUUGGAAGACAGAAGCAUCGUUUCAUUUAUUGCCAAUAUCGAUCCGGCCUCCGCAUUGUGCAUUAGCUCGUGGGCGAAACCAGAUUUGUACAGCCUCGAGUUUGGACUUGGACUGGGCAAGCCGGUGAGUGUGCGUCGGCCGGGCUUUACGCCCGUGGAGAGUUUGGCGUAUUUUGCCCCAAAGAGUGCAGAAAAGGGGAUUGCCGUCAUGAUUUCUUUACGGGAAGAGGAGAUGGCGGCGUUGAGAGCGGACAAAGUGUUUACCAAGUACGCGGAGUACGUUGGAUAAGAAAACAAUGUCGCAUGUGUAUUGUAUAUUAUACAUUCACUGUCUGUUAAAUUUAAUUUACAAUCUUUUUAACUUAAUAUAAUUCGCACAUACAAACUUU